UUCAGUAGCGGAAGCAGGACGGUUUCAGAGCACUUCUUGAAGGCUCUGUCUGGUUUUGACAUUUUGGGGAUUAACGUUAUACGAGGAUUCUCCCUCCAGUCAGUGGAUUAUCGGCAUUAUCAGGAUGAAAGUGGUCUCCUUCGCCCUGGUCUACCUGGCCUCCGUCUCUUUCUUCGGGGUAGAGGCUGCUAAGCUGGACGUUGCAUCAGACUUCAAGAAAAGGUGGAGCAAAUGGGCGCUGAGCCGAGCCAGGCGGGACCUGACAGUCUCCACCGCAGCGCUCAGCACGGGACAAGCGGCUGAUGCAAACGUGCCGUCUGUCAUCCGCACCCAGGACGUGAAAGGCGAGUCCGGAAUGGCGCAGCCCAGCCACCCGGAGGAUGUCCGCAUCCGCGUGAAGCGCUACCGCCAGAGCGUCAACUCCAUCUCCCGCGCCAUGCGCAGCGGCUGCAGGUUGGGGACGUGCAACACGCAAAACCUGCAGCAGACGCUCUUCAACCUCAAUGACAAGGACAAGGACAGCCAUCACCCCCCGAAGAAGAUCAGCGCGCAGGGCUACGGCCGCAAGCGGCGCUCGCUGCCGGUUCCCUUGGCGAGCAGCCGCCGCGGCAGGACCCUCGCUCGCCUGCUGGCUUCGCUUCCCGCCAGCGCCCCCUUCCAGAGGAGCUGAGCGCGGCAGCCGCUGCCCUGGUGAGCCCUAACCUUAGCGCCUCCUCGCGGGGCCCUGGGAAGCAGCGAGCGACCGCGAAGAGUAGGACGGGCGCCCCCUCCUGCGGCUGAGCUUCGAAUGCCUGGAGGAGGAGGAGGAGGAGGAGGAGGAGGAAAGAGGCGCGCCCUUCCCCAGGGAUGUGGUGAAGGGGCUCGAUCUAGACUCGGUGAAACGACCACUGCGGAACAAACACUACAGGUCCUUCCGGAGGCCGCCCUUUCCCUCUCCUUUCAGCAGUGGACGUUAGGUGGUGGUGGUGGUGGUGGUGAUCGUGGUGGCGGCGAGGGCGGCGGCGAUUAUGAUGACGUCGACGACGGACUAUUCCCCCGCUCCGUAUUGACUUUCUCCCCCCCCCUUCCCACAACACGGCAGGGAAUUGGCUACUCUGAAGCCCCUGUCUUGGCGGCAGGGACUAUCUUAUAUACUUGAACGGCCCGGCCAGGCGAAGUGCAAUGGACUCUCGGUGUGUGCGGUGAGGCUGAAUGAGUGGCUGGGUGGAUGUUUCGGCAUGAAAGAAGAAAUUAGCCGUAUUUAAAGAAUUGUCUCCUGUCCCUGUUAUUCUUUUAUAGUACAGAGUUAUUUUUAUAUGUAUAUAUAUAUAUAUAUGUGUGUGUGUGUGUAUAUAUAUAGCAUAUGGGCAUUAUUUUUUAUAUUCUCUGUUACUAUUUUUUAAUAUAUUGAGAAACUCAACCCUUGUUUUCACCAGUGGCAGCA